AUGGACAAAUACUUCCGAGACCGCUCCUUAUCCGCAAACUUACCUUCGGAGGUUUGGAUCAAAGCAGCUAAGGCAGCUGGAAAGGUCACGCGCGCCUUGGUCGCUCUGGUGCCUGCGCACAACGAAGUGCUCUUUGGCACCAUACCUACCCGGCUCAUGGAGGGACCGAUCACCUGGGUUCGAAACAAUCCCCAAUCCUCAAGCGUCAAGUGGAAGAUCAAUAUCGCAGUGCCCGAACUUGCAUUUUCUGGCCUUGCUCGCCUCGAGACAGCUAUGUACAGUUUCACAUUGCCAUCGCCGGCCUACCAACGCUACCUUCGCAUCCUCGACAUGCGCGACGAUACAUCUCAGUUUUAUGACGAUGACGUUCAUUUGCUUGCCUUAUCGAAUGAUGCCGUCCCAGCUCCCCUCACCAUCCAGUUUGGCAAUCGCGCCAUCGUGCUCAAUGGCCAUCAGCAAAUGAUGCCACGCAGAUCGGCCCGAGCCGAUGCACCACGCCACACGAUCAUCGACAAGCCGGGCAUGGAUGACGAAAUGAUCCUCGGACGAGGCUUCUUGCGUCAUUUCGUUGUGGUCCUGGACUACGACGAAAACAUGGUCGGCCUCGCACUGCUACGUUCGCCUUCCAGUUCAGAGGAGCUCGACGAUAUAUGCGCUAGGAGGGUCGUCCGGGCUCGACGCGUGCUAGGGGCUAGCUACGCGCCAUACGCAUCCCGCAAUGCUGGCAUCAAAUGCAUAAGAAGCUCCAACUACUCAUUUGAUGAGAAGGCCAGCGUGUUGGACGAGCAAGGAGGAUCUGGUGCGCAAAGUCAGCCGAGCCAGGAGUAUAAGUCCGUUGACGGACUAUAUGUCAGAGUGUAA